AUGGUUUGCGGCUUUGCAAUCUUGUCCCUCUGGUGCCUUCUUUGCGGGCCGACUCUUGGAUGGGGAGAUGUCGGUCAUCGCACUGUUGCAUACCUAGCCGAGCAAUUUCUCACCGAACAGGGCACAGAGUUUCUUAACAAACUCCUGCCUCAGAACAGGCAGUUCGACAUCUCAGAUGCGGCUACAUGGGCUGAUGAAAUCAAACUAAAGCGCCCUAAGACUAGAACUUGGCAUUAUGUUGAAGCUGUCAUGUUCUUGUUCCACUUCUUUGGGGACCUUCAUAUGCCCUUGCAUGUGGAAGCCUACGAGAGGGGAGGAAACGGAGUUGAGGUCUGUUUUAAUGGUCGCCGCGAUAAUCUGCACAGUAUCUGGGACACAGACAUGCCACACAAGAUCAACGGCAUCAAACAUACACUCAAGCAUAACGAUGAAAAACUGGCAUCCCUAAAGUGGGCUAAGCAUCUCCUUCAACAGAACAAACAUAGACCCACGACCGCUGUGGAAUGUGCGGAUGUGGGCAACCCCCAGACAUGUGUCAAGCAGUGGGCGGAAGAGACAAAUCGUUUGAACUGUGCUGUUGUUUUCAGGAAGGGACUUCCGUAUCUCAAGGGUAAUGAUCUUGCAGGCGAAUACUAUAACGAAGCCGUGCCGAUCAUUGAGGAACAAAUCUUUAAAGCAGGUGUUCGUCUGGGGGUCUGGAUCAAUGCCCUUGCGGAGAAGCAUCGCAUCAAAACGGCGUUUGUUGUCCAGGAGGAUCGGAUGAGAGAUCUAUGA